AUGACUCGUGAGACCAUCAGCGCCGUGCCGGCCAGCGACGAAUACUAUGAUCUGGGCGAUUUUGGCCACGUCAUCACCACCACCAGCGUCGAUGCUCAAAUAUGGUUCAAUCGAGGCCUAAUCUGGGUAUACUCUUUCAACCAUGUGGAAGGUGCUUAUUGCUUCGAGCAAGCCAUUGCCCAUGACCCCGCAUGUGCGAUGGCAUACUGGGGUCUUGCAUACGCCGUCGGCCCCAACUACAACAAACCAUGGGAAAAGUUUGACUUGGGCGAUCUUCACACUUCGGUGGAAAGAGGCUACAAUGCAUCUCGUCAGGCUAAAAAAUAUGCACCCCACGCCACCCCUCUGGAGCAAGCCCUCGUCGAGGCAAUCCAAUACCGAUUCCUGACCAGUCAACCCGCGAAAGACUACCCCGCACUCAACAAGGGCUAUGCCGAGGCUAUGAAGGUUGCAUACGAUCAAUUUGGCCAGGAUCUCGACGUCGCUACUCUGUAUGCUGACUCCUUGAUGAAUAUGACACCAUGGGCUCUUUGGGACCUGUUCACAGCCAAAGCCAACCCCAAGGCCCCUACGAUGGAAGCACAAGCAGUACUCGAACGUGCGUUGGCGCAGGUUGAAGACGGUGCUAAUCGUAAUCCUGGGUUGCUCCACCUGUACAUACACUUCAUUGAAAUGUCACCCAAUCCAGAACUUGGAAUCAACGCUGCAGACCAUCUACGCGAUCUUGUUCCUGAUGCAGGUCACAUCCAUCAUAUGCCAACCCAUUUGGACAUUUUGAUCGGUGAUUGGCGACGGUCCAUCUCAUCGAACUACAAAUCGACCCUGGCCGAUGACAAAUAUUUCCGAAAGUCGGGUGCCAAGAACUUCUACACCUUCUACCGUAUGCACGACUAUCACUCCUUGGUCUACGCCGCCAUGUUUGCAGGCCAAUCCAAGGUUGCGCUCGAGGCAGUCACUCGCAUGGAAUUGACGGUACCAGAAGAGGUUCUUCGAAUCCCAUCUCCGCCCAUGGCUGACUGGCUCGAACAAUUCAUGUCGAUCCGUGUACAUGUGCUGGUCCGUUUCGGAAUGUGGGAGGAACUGAAGCAGAUGGAACUUCCUCACGAUAAGGCUCUCUUUGCGGGUACUGUCGCUGCGAUUCACUACGGCAAGGGAGUUGCAUUUGCAGCAACCAGCGACGUACCCAUGGCUAGGGAAGCGCAAAAGUCCUUCCUUGAGGCGUGGUCUCAGGUUCCUGAAACGCGCCGAGCUUACAACGGCAAGAUGGUUGAUAUCUUCAAGGUCGCAGAAAAAAUGUUAGAAGGAGAGAUUGAAUAUCGUUGCGGUAACUUCGAGGAGGCAUUUGAUGCUCUUCGCGUCGCGAUCGAUCUAGAGGAUAGAUUACCCUACAGCGAGCCUUGGUCGUGGAUGCAGCCUGUGCGUCAUGCAUAUGCCGCACUGAACAUGGAGCAAGGAAACCUUGAAGAAGCAGCCAAAUCUUAUCGGGCCGACCUGGGUCUUGACAGUUCAGUCAUCCGCCCUCGGCGUCACCCCAACAAUGUUUGGUCACUCCAGGGUUACCAUGAGUGUCUUACCCGACUUGGAAAGUUGGAUGAGGCUGCUGUGAUUGAGCCCACAGCCAAGCUGGCUCUUGCCGUUGCCGACAUCCCCAUCAAAUCGUCGUGUUUCUGCCGCCUAGAUACAUCCAGCGCGCCGCAAAUUCUCGAAGAUUGCUCUUCCCGUGGCAAGUGCUGCUAA